AUGUCGACACAUCAAGAGAAUACUACUUCAAAGGGAUUCGAAAGAUUUGACCCAACUUUUACUACCAAUGUCAUCAAAUCUAUUGGUCCUAAGACUGAUGCCCGUUCAAGACAAUUGAUGGGCUCUCUCAUCCAACAUAUCCACGACUACGCACGAGAGAACGAACUCACAAUUGAUGAAUGGUUGACCGGAGUCAACUUCGUCAAUACCAUUGGACAAAUCAGCACUCCCACCAGAAAUGAAGGUCACCGCAUUUCCGAUGUUCUCGGCUUGGAAUCAGUCGUUGAUGAAAUCGCACACCAUAUUAUGACCGAAUCUGGCGAGACCCCCACCUCCUCCUCAAUUCUCGGCCCAUUCUGGAGCCCCAACGCCCCAUUCCGACCACUUGGCGGUAGCAUCAUGCAGGACCCAGUACCAGAAGGUGGCCAGACUACUUUGAUGCACGGAACCGUUACCGAUUUAGUCACCAAGAAGCCAAUUGUAAACGCAGUCGUUGACAUCUGGCAAGCGUCUGCCAAUGGAAAAUACGAUUUCCAAGACCCUGAUAACCAAUCCGAUAAUAACCUGAGAGGAAAGUUCAAGACCGACGAGAACGGAGAAUAUCAUUUCUAUUGCCUGCACCCAACUGCAUACUCUCUGCCAACCGACGGACCCGCUGGUGUUCUUUUGAAUUUUCUUGAUCGUCACCCAAUGAGACCAGCUCACAUUCACUUGAUGAUCUCAAACGAAGACUAUAAGCCAGUAACAACACAAAUCUACCCCAACACCGACCCAUACCUCAUCACCGAUACCGUCUUUGCCGUAAAGCCAGAUCUCGUCGUUGAUUUCAAGCCCCGCCAUGGCGACCCCAAGGCAGAAUUGGAUCUCGAAUAUAACAUUAUCUUGGCACCAAAGGGAUUGAAGGGCAUGGGUACGACUUCAACAUCAACUAUCGGAUUGGAAGCAAAGCUGUAG